AACACUGCAUUCUGUUCAGAGGAAGAUGCUGGUCCGAUCCUGCUUAUUGUUUGGGGUGGUACUAGCGGUGGUGCUCUCCGUCCCAGUAAAUAAGAAAAGGGAUGAAGAUGUCCUUAGGGAGGAAGUUCGAGAACUGGUGGAGUAUCUUAAAGGGGAACAACUUAAAGAUGAGUCAGAGAAAUAUGAAAGCCUGGAGAAAAGGAAUAAAGUGGUGGACAGGAAAAGUGAAAAAUCGAGAAGUCACAGUGAUAUGCUUGAUGAAAAGGAUGUAGACCCAAAUGACGACAAAUUAAUGGUAUUAAUGGAGGGAAUGGCAGUAGAAAAGAAUGGCAAAGUUUAUACGGUUCAAGGGUUGCAUCCUGAACUGACAGCCUUUGCCAAUGCGAGCAAGCUAGAAAAGCUUCCGUCAACACCUAAUCAGAUGGAUGCGGAAAAGAGAAGUUUUUUGAAAACGGCAAAAAAAUGGCCGAAAGCUAUUGUUCCCUACAAAAUUGAUAAAAAAAGCAUAGUACGACAACAGAGUUACUAUAUCCUCCAAAAAGCAGUCAACAUCUUCAACUCUCGCACCUGUUUAAAAUGGCUGCCACACACCCCGGAGCUUGCUAAGCAAGUAGGACACAACCAUUAUGUGGAGUUCAAAAAUAGCUUUGGAUGCUAUUCGAAUAUUGGAUACUAUCGAGAUCGUAAUAGGCCUCAAGAAAUUGGAAUGUAUGAACCGUAUUGCAUGAAUGUUGGGACAGCGGUCCACGAAAUGCUACAUGCUGCGGGCUUUAGACAUGAGCAUAGUCGAAAGGACCGUGACGAGUAUAUACGUUUGAUUAAAGAAAACCUUGGAUACAUGAUAAAUGAUCCAAACUUCGCCAAAGGUGAUACCUUGGAUCGAAACCCUUACGACUAUGAAAGCAUCAUGCAAUACGGUUUGAAAUACUUUUCUACAAACGGAAAGCAAACAAUAAAGUUCCUGGACAAGGACCUCGAAUUUUUAGCAGGCACUGGUGACGCACAGGGGAUGGAUUUCUAUGACGUUAAGGAUGUUGUAGUAAACUAUCAAUGUGCAGCGGACUGUAAGGACCCUCCCAAGUGUACCAAUGGGGGAUUCGUCAACCAUAAGUGUGAAUGUUACUGUCCCCGGGGAUACAAGGGAAAGACAUGCGAAACUGUGAUCAGUGACGGUGAUUGUGGAGGAAUGUUAGACGUCCCUCCUGGAAAAGAUGUCUUUGUGGUAUCACCGGGGUAUCCUGCUCCCUAUCCACUUGGGAAAAUUUGUCGUUGGGGCGUAAAGAGGAAGAUGCUGGUUCGAACCUUAUUGUUGAUUGGGAUAGUACAAGCGGUUGCGUUCUCAGUACCUGUAAAGAACAAAAAGGAUAAAGAUGCCUCAUUGGAGAAAGUUCGAGAGAUACUAGAUUAUCUCAAAGGUGACAAACCUGACGAUGAAUUAGCGAAAAUUGAAAGUCAGGAGAAACGACUGUUCAGAAAACAAUUUACAAAAGAAAACAACAAGAAUAACAAAAGGAGGAGAUAUGAACAUGCGGAUGACAAAAACGGAGAAAACUUGAAAAUUCAACGUGUUAUGUUUGAUAAAGAGGAUGUAGACCCUAACGAUGAGAAAUCAAUGUUGCUUUUAGAAAGAAUGGCCGUGAUGAAGAACGGAAAGGUGUACAAGGUUAAAGGUUUACAUCCUGAAUUGACAGGCAUUGCCAAUGCAAGCAGGCUAGACAAACAUCCCUCAUCAUCUGAACAGGUAAAAACCAAAAAGAGAAAUUUUUGGAUAUAUGCAAGGAAAUGGCCAAAAGCCAUCAUACCAUACACAAUUGAUACAAAAAGCAUAGUACAACAAAACAGUUACACUAACAUCAAUGAAGUAAUCGGGAUGUUCAAUACUGACACCUGUUUAAAAUGGCUACCACACACCCCGGAACUUGCUACGCAAGUUGGGCACAACAAUUAUGUAAAGUUCUCAGCUACAUCUAGCAGUUUAUGUUCUUCAAGACUUGGAUAUACUGGUCGAAGUGCUCAACCUAUUAGAUUGAAUGAACCCUAUUGCAUGCAUGUGCAGACCAUUGGCCACGAGAUGAUGCAUGCUGCGGGGUUUGAGCACGAACAAAGUCGGAGCGACCGCGAUGAUUACAUACGUGUGAUUAAAGAAAACUUUAACUUUGCCGCUUUUUCCCAGUUGGCUAAGGAAAAUACCACUAUUCAUAACCCGUACGACUAUGAAAGUGUUCUGCAAUACUUUCUAACGGACUUCUCCAGUAAUGGAAAGAAAACGAUGGAGUUCUUGGACAGAGAUCUUGAAUUUUUAGCAGGAACGGGUGGCGGGCAGGGGCUGGAUUUCUAUGACAUCAAAGAUAUAAUUGUAGACUACCAAUGUGCAGCACACUGUAAGGACCCUCCAGAGUGUAUCAACGGGGGCUUCAUCAACCAUGACUGUGUGUGUUACUGUCCCAUGGGAUACACAGGGAAAACAUGUGAAACUGUGAUUACUGACAACGAUUGUGGUGGAAUGGUAGACGUCCCUCCUGGUAAAGAUGUCUUUGUGAUAUCACCGGGGUAUCCAGCUUCCUAUCCAUUUGGGAAAAUCUGUCGUUGGGGCGUAAAGGCCCCCGACGGAUGGUUCAUACGUAUGACGGUUGAAGAUCUCCACCUUCCCGCAAACUUCUUUAACAGAUGUUACAGUUGGUUAGAGAUACAGUACAAUCUUCCUGGGCAAACAGGAAUUAUACGUUGUGGGGAUAUGAAUGGUAACCAGUGGACCGGCUCCAAGGACAGUCCAAACUUCAUGACCCUCACAUUUAACAGUAUGUACGUUGGAUACAAUCUCCGGAAGAGAGGAUUCCGACUAAGAUUCAACGCAAUUGAACGAAAUGUAUCUUGCCGAUUGAAUCCCUGUUUAAAUGGAGGGGCCUGCAAGGAAAAUGGAAAGUCAUUCACAUGCACAUGUCCGUCGGCAUAUACUGGAACAAGAUGUGAAAAUGAAGUCAACUGUAAGCGGUCCUUGGUUGGUUGGGAGUAUGCGUCCACCACAGCUGUCACGGUCAGCGGUCGAAACUGUCAGCGGUGGAAAGAUUUGAGUCCGCACAAUCAUCGCUACACCGCCUUACUGGGUGACCAGGAAAACUAUUGCAGGAACCCGGACCGGGAACCGAACGGUCCAUGGUGCUACACAACAGAUCCGGCAAAGAGAUGGGAGUAUUGUGAUAUACCAAAGUGUGUAACACCACCGAAUAAAUGUUUAACGACCGCUGGAGGGGCAAACUAUUUCGGUCAUGUUAACACAACAGUCAGUGGUCGCACCUGCAUGCGCUGGGACUCCCAAUCCCCUCAUGGUCACAGUUUUGGGAUUGUCAAGGAUCAAGGGAACUACUGUAGAAACCCCUACAAGGAUGAAGCUAAAGGACCAUGGUGUUAUACCACUGAUCCUAACAAGAGAUGGGAAUUCUGUAACAUUCCCUGUAUGAUGUACAGAGUAAACUGAAGUUUCUCAAUAUUCCUGGUGAACCAUACAAAACCUCCGAAGGAUUAAAGCAAGAUGAUCAAGUUCCACUAUGUCUAUGUUUUUUUUUAAUUUUCAAACAUUAAAUCUUUAAUAAAAUUGUUUUUUAAGCAAAGAAUAAAAUCAU